ACCCUAUUCUGGUCAAGACAAAAGCAACUGGUUUUUGCCCUAUUUGUCCCAAAUAUCUUCGCCGAAAACCCCCUCUCAAAUCUCUCGGAAAAUCAUACAGAAUGAGCAGGUCAGGUCAGCCUCCAGAUCUCAAAAAGUACAUGGACAAGAACCUCCAGAUCAAACUAAAUGCUAAUCGGAUGGUUGUUGGAACACUUCGUGGGUUUGAUCAAUUCAUGAAUCUUGUGGUUGACAACACUGUGGAAGUGAAUGGGAAUGAGAAGACUGAUAUAGGCAUGGUGGUCAUCAGGGGGAAUAGUGUGGUCACUGUUGAAGCUCUUGAACCUGUAAAUAGCUCUCAGUAGUAUUGUGGCUUUGUAGUGGUAGGAUAUGAUGUAAUACCAGCUCAAGUUUAGUUUGGGUAUAUAGCUGUGAGUAUGUAUUAUGGAAUAAAAAAUGGUUUGUAAUUUUGAAUUUAAUGGUGAUGAAGUGGGCCUCUUUUCCAUACAUAUGGAUUCUGAGUGGACUUCUUUGAGUAUAAAACUAUAUGAAUGGAUGAGGAAUUUCAGUGAUUCUUCAAAUCCCAUUUGUGGCAAUUAUUUUUCUGAGUGGAACUUUGUUUGGUA